UGCCCGACUUCCCGGUCCUCUCAGCGUCUCUGAAAGAAGCAUGAUUUUUGAGCUCCAGCCUCCCCCAGGGCUACCCUCCGGUGCCGUGCAUGCAGCCAAGGCUGCAGAGAAAGACCCUGAGCAGGGGCUUCAGUGUCAGGGGCAACGUUCUGAGCCAGCUGAGCCCUCCGCCCCGGCCCAGGGAGACGACCUCCACCCCGGAGUCUCAGGCCGGCGGUGCCCUCCCGCGGGCGAGGUGCUCUCUGCUCUGCCAGGCUGGCCGCCCUCCUCUCUCCUCUCCACUGCUGGCCCCAAGCCUGGAACCACCCUGGCCCGAAGCUAAAGACCUCUCCAUCCCCUCGAGCGAGACUGGCCAGACGCCCGCUCUAUCGCAGCCACGCCGGGACCAGGCAGGGGAGCGGACGCUGGGAAGGCGCCGUGCUUGCAGCGCCAAGGCUGCUGCUUCAGGAGCGUCAUCAGGAACCAGACAGACAAAACCCCCCCACGGCGGGGAUGCAAGUCACCUUUAGCUCAGUAAUCAACCCCCUGAUAGGAGGAACAGGAUAAAGCUGUCGCUGGACCACCGCGGACAGCCCGAGGCACGUGCCAGUGCCAGUGCCGGCCUGCGGAGCUGCUUCCCGCUUCUCUGCCGGGCCAGGACACAGGUGCCGACCAGCCCGCUCCCCCGGCCCAGGGCCACACGCCGGCCGAGCAGAUGAUCAGGGCUCGGCGGUCCUGCCGCCGGCAUCGCUGUGAUCCCCGAGGCAACGCGCCUGCACGCAUUAGCGCGCCCCUGCUCCGUGGACCGAGGCUGGUUGCAGCCCUGGCUUGGCACGCCUGCCGCAGAAGAGAGGCAACCGCAGGCCGGGAUCCGAGAGCAACUGGGUCGUCUCUGGGUGGACGUGCACACACCUGGGCCGUGGACGAGGCCUGGUGCGGGCGCUGCAACUGGCUGCUGGUGCCGGAGGAGGCGUGGGGGAGGCUUGGAGAGUGGAGACGCAGCGAAAGCACGAGAGGAAGGCGGCCGCCCCGGCCAGCGAGUCUGGAGGCGGGCCCGGAGGAGCCCGCCAUGUGGAGCUGCCCACUCAACGGCACGGGCGGCGAGGACCAGCUCCCCUGCCAGCACGUCCAGCGGGCCCUGUCCGCCCUCUCGCUGCUCUACCUGCUUGUCGGCGUCCCCCUCGGCCUCGGCUACAACGCCCUGCUGCUGCUGGCCAACCUGCACGACCCGGGCGGCAUGACCAUGCCCGACGUCUACUUCGCCAACAUGGCCGCGGCCGGCCUGGUGCUCAGCGCCCUGGCGCCUGCGCACCUGCUGGGCCCCGGCGCUGCCGGCUGGGCCGUGUGGGACGUGGGCAGCGAGGUCCACGUCACGCUGCUGGUGCUGUUCAACGUGGCGGCGCUGGUGACCCUGUACUCCACGGCGCUGCUGGGCCUCGACUGCUACAUCGAGCGGGCGCUGCCGCGCACCUACAUGUCCAGCGUCUACAACACCAGGCACGUGUGCGGCUUCGUGUGGGGCGGCGCCCUGCUCACCGGCUUCUCCUCCCUGCUCUUCUACAUCUGCAGCCACGUGGCUGCCAGGCCGACCGAGUGCUCCCAGGUGCGGGACACGGAGGCGGCCGACGCCAUCAUGCUGCUCAGCGGGUACCUGGUGCCCGGCCUGGCCGUGCUGUACGCGCUCGUGCUCCUCACGCGGAUCCGGAAGGAGGACACGCCGCUCGACCGGGACGCGGGCCAGCCGGACCCCUCGGCGCACAGGCUGCUGGUGGCCACCGUGUGUGCACAGUUCGGGCUCUGGACGCCCCACUACCUGACGCUCCUGGGGCGCACGGUCCUGGCUGCGCGGGGGAGGCCAGUGGACGGGCACCACCUGGGGACGCUGCUCCUCGCCGAGGACCUGUCCAGGUUCCUGGCCUUCGCCAGCAGCGCUGUGGUGCCGCUUCUUUACCGCCACAUCGACAGAAACUUCCCCGGCAAACUCCGGCGGCUGAUGAAGAAGCUGCAACGUGGGCACCAGAGCUGCUCCUUGGACGAAGCGGGAGCACAGCCGGCGAUGGCAUAGACGCUGCUCCUCGGGCCUCGGCCAACCGAGGGGCAGACGGCGCGUGGCAGAAGGCACAGCCCGCAAUGGCCGGGCCCCCCGCUCCCUCCCUCCCUCCCGGGUCUGGCAUCCAGGAGACUCGCCGGCCCUGCAUCACCCGCUCCCUCCCUCUCCCCAGGAGACCAGGCAGAACCAGGCGAGUCCCCUUGGAGCUUCCCGUGUCCUCCCACAAGAAGCCACCCUCAGGCCAAGGCCAUGAUGUCUGAGCAGCAGGUGCCAGGUGUGAGGAUGGGCUGUGCCAUCGGGGCACCUGGCCGCCCGCGGGGCGUGCGCUUGUCUCCUGCGGUGCCUUUCAGGUCCACGCCUGCAGCAGCCUGCUUCCCUCAGCCUCAUGUCUGGCUUUCAAAUGAGUGAUGAAAAUCUAACGCCACUAUUUAUACUUUGUAUUGUUAAAAUACUCCAUCCCCCCUCCCUCUUGUUUUGUUGUUUAUGAAGAGAUGUUUGGUAGGAAAGUCAGAAGGUAUUAAAAUGAAGGAGACACACGGAAGCGCAUUCGGGGGAUGGGUGGG